CAACUUCUCUUCGCCUCGGCUGGCUUGGGACGGAAAACGUCAGGACGGAGAUGAAAACGGCCCAGCUUGGUCUUUCCCCUAAUCUGUUGAACUCCUCAGCUGUAGAAGAGGAUUAUCUCGGCCUGGAGGAACAUCUUCGAGAGGGUGCGGAUGUCUCGUGUGGUGAUGAGCGCCGCCGGACACCUUUACAUGUGGCAGCAGGAGAGGGCUAUGAAGGCACUGUUCGCUUCUUGCUGCAGCAGGGAGCAGACGUGAAUGCCGUUGACCGUGAUGGAACUUCUCCACUUCGAGAUGCCAUUCACGCCAAGAGUCAGGUGGUGGUGAAGGUAUUAGUUUCUGCAGGGGCAAGUUUGGAAACAUCCUCAGAGCAACUUGGGGCUGAGAUGUGCUAUCUUGCAUCCCUUGGAGCCACAGAACAGAUGGAGGCGUUGAAGGCGGCUGGAGUCAGUUUGAAUGUUUCUGAUGUUCACGGUCGAACUCCCUUACAUGUGGCGGUGUGCACAGAUCAACCUGAAAUGGUGAAGUUCUGUAUCAGCAAUGGAUCCGAUCUUGAGCAAAGAGACAGGUUGAACAACAGGCCUGUAGAUGAUGCUCAGAGACUAGGCUUACAACACUUGGUGGAGCGGUUGAGUUAUCAGGUCAACCAGGCCACAGAACAGUGAGGAACAGCAGCUGUCUGUACUUGUCAAAGGGUUCAAAGGUUAAAGUUCAUUGCCAUUGGCUCUUCUAGAUCAUUAAUGACAAUUUUUAAAAGCAUUGUUUCAUAAGGA